GUACAUAUCCACACCAUUACUCUUUCUGUCUCUCUCAACCCUCCCCCGCAUCGAUCUGUCUAUAUAUAUGCAUUCCACUUCCAUGUAGUUUCAUAUAGAAAUAAUCCAAAUUGACGCGCAAAAUCGGUAGAUCUCGAAGAAAUGGUGAACAAGAGGCCUCUCCUCACAAAAUUCCUUCUCCUAGCCCUUCUGGUGUUGGUGUCACAGACACGAGAGGUGCGUGCUGACAAUAGCGUUGAGAGCUUUGUUCAAGAUGAGCUGCAGUUCGGCCAGGGAUUGGGAUUCCCAAGCAUCAUGUCCUUCCAUGGUGACUCCGCGCAUGAUAUCCUGAAUGGCGUGGACGACGUUGUCCAAGCAUGGUACAUGGAUGACACCACCGAGGAGGAAGACCAGAGGCUUCCGCACCGCCGGCAGCCUGAUGUUCCAGUUCCUCUUGCAAAAUUACUUGACCUUGGAAUCAUGCGGCUAGAUGCAGAUAACCAUGAGAAUGAUGAGAACCUUACAAUGAUCCGUGGCCAGAGGGGCUACUUGCACAUGGACAUUGUAACAUUAACUCCAGAGAAAAUGCCAAACUACGAACCGAUGAUCAAGAGAUUCUUCGAAGAGCAUCUCCACAUCGACGAGGAAGUUCGCUAUUGUCUUGAGGGCAGUGGGUACUUUGACGUGAGGGAUGAAGAGGACCGCUGGGUUCGGGUGUCGGUGAGGAAGGGAGGACUUAUCGUCGUGCCGGCGGGCAUCUAUCAUAGGUUCACGUUGGACACCAACAAUUACAUUAAGGCGAUGCGACUGUUUUCAGGAGGCCCUGACUGGACAGCAUACAAUCGUCCUCAUGACCAUCUCCCUGCAAGGAAAAAGUAUCUGGCAGCAUUGCAUAAAAGGCGGGAGGAGCAUAGAUACGAGUAUUGAGCACAAUAAGAUCAGGAAAUUAAAGAUAAAGCUGUCUGCAGUUACCCCGUGAGGAAGAAAUUUUGCCAAGUGUGUCAGACCUUUAUCUUGUGUGUGAACCAAAUUGAUUAUCUUGUGUGUGAACCAAAUUGAUCUUGAUGGUACGUACUACAGUAUAUGUAAAAUCUUACUAGAUGGUAGUGAAUAUGUCAUGUUUGAUCCCUCGAUCAAACUAAAGCCACUGCCACCGAUGGAAUGUAUGAACUUGUAGCAGAAAACAUCGGUGCACUGUUUGAAAAUUGAUUACCUUGUCAAUAGUUGAA